GAAGAGGCACUAGGAGAGGAGAAGAGAGGGAGAGAGAGAGAGAGAGAAAGGGGGAGGAAACAGAGAGAGAGAAUCGAAAGACUGUUAACUUCAGCGGCGGACUGUUGGAUCGCCUUACGCGUUAAAGAGCCAUUUGUUGCAGCGAAAGGACGCGGACCUGAGCGGCGCGGAUGACAAAGAGACGUCGCCGUGCAAACUUUCUUAACCGGGUUUGUAAUCGCUCGUAAAAACCCAACGAGAAAUCCAGUUUUUCUUUUUUGAACGGGGAGCAACAGAGGAGGACAUCAUGCCCCGGCGCACCGUGCAAGAAGUAACCGUGCAGGAUGUCCAGAAGCGGAGGAAUCCGAACAAACACUACGUUUACAUCAUCAAAGUGUACUGGAGCGAUGGCAGCACGGAAAUCAUUUACAGACGCUACAGCAAGUUCUUUGACCUGCAGAUGGAGUUGCUGGAUAAAUUCCCAGUGGAGGGAGGCCAGAAAGACCCUAAACGCAGGAUCAUUCCAUUCCUACCAGGGAAGAUCCUGUUCAGGAGGAGUCAUAUCAGAGAUGUGGCCAUGAAGAGGCUAAGGCCAAUCAACGAGUACUGCAGGGCUCUCAUCCAGCUGCCAGUCUACAUCUCCCAGUGUGAGGAGGUCAGAGUAUUCUUUGAGACCAGACCUGAAGACCUCAACCCACCUAAGGAGGAACCCAUUGGAAAGAAGAAAUCAGGGAUUGUGGAGAGAGCGACUACUUUCCUAAAGCGAGGAGAUUCCACCUCAGCCGAUCCUCUCCUCCUCGACCAGUAUGUGGCAGUAACGGACUACGAGAAGCAGGAGAGUUCCGAGAUCAGCCUGCAAGUGGGUCAGAUGGUGGAGGUCAUCGAGAAAAAUGAGUCUGGUUGGUGGUUUGUGAGCUCCGACGACGCCCAGGGCUGGGUCCCUGCCACCUGCCUCGAGGCACAGGACGACCCUGAUGACUUCAGUAUUCCCGGGGAAGAAGUGCCGAGGAGAUUCUGGUCACUGCCAAGGCACGUGGGUCGUCGCAGAACUUUAGGGGAUCUAUUCAGCACAGGCUUUGGGCAAGAUGAGAAGUAUUCAGUGAUUUACCCGUACUCGGCCAGGGACCAGGAUGAGAUCGACCUGGAGAGAGGCAUGAUUGUCGAGGUGAUUCAGAAGAAUUUGGAGGGCUGGUGGAAGAUCAGAUACCAGGGCCUCGAGGGCUGGGCCCCGGCCUCCUACCUGAAGAAGGCGGACAUUCAGAGCCAGAAGCAGUCAGCAGGAGCCGCUGCCCACGCCAGUACAAACGACCUCGACGGGUUCUCCAAACAGGGCCAGCAAAACAACGCAGCUCGAGAGAACAGCCAAAAAGAAAACAGGCUCUCGUUUUUCUCCGACAACAAAAUUAAAAUGAGAUCCAGACACAGACCUCCUCCUCGCAGAGAUCUCACCAUUCCACGAGGUGCAAAUCUACCCAAGCCACCCAUUCCUCCUCAGGUUGAGGAAGAGUUCUACACCAUAGCGGAUUUCCAGACCACUAUACCUGAUGGUAUUAGCUUCCAGGCUGGAGUUAAAGUUGAGGUGAUUGAGAAGAAUUCAAAUGGUUGGUGGUACAUCCAGAUAGAUGAAAAAGAGGGCUGGGCCCCAGCCAAUUUUAUCGACAAGUACAAGAAGACCAGCAAUGCCCUGAGACCUAAUUUCCUUGCCCCUUUGCCCAACGAGAUGGAGAACCUGAAAUUGGAAGACGGUGGUUGUUCAAAUGCAUCAGGCACAGAUGACAGCUGGUCCAAGCCUUUACCAGAUGAGCCUACUACUGCCACCGAGUCCUGUGCCCGACCUAAACUCAGAGACUGGAAGCCCUGUGCUGCCAAGGGGGGUCCUGCCUUCCCAGGGCCGUUGCCUCCUGCCCCAGCUGCCCCUCCAGUUGAGGAGAAACCAGCUCUCCCACCUCGAAGGGAGUCCAUUAACAAGAGCUUUGAAUUGGAGGUAGCAGACAAACCAAGACCUGAUCAUUCCAAGCCUUUGCCCCCAAAACCCCCAGCUCCUGGAGGCAUCAUGCCUCUGGUACUGCCCAAGGCACCCCCCUUCAAACCAGACAAACCACCAGAGACCAAGAAAGAAGAUAAGAACAAAGCUCUUCACCUUCGGAAUGAGAUGGGUCUUGAAUGUGGUCACAAGAUCUCUGCCAAAGAGGUGAAGAAGUUUAAUCUGAAACCUGUGCCAAAACAGCCACCGAAACCCAAGCCUGAGGUGCAGGAGGAGAAACCAGAAGCACCUGGUCCGUCAGUGUUAAUGAAGCCCAAGCCUGUGAUCCGACCUAAACCUCUCCCAGCUGCCAAGCCAGAUCCCCCAGCGGAGAACAAACUAGACAUCACCAACUUGAGGAGCAAGCUGAGGCCGUCGAAACCUGCAGACCCGGGUUCUGCGUCAUCUGAAGCAAACCAUCAGAACGACGCCUCAGCAGCAGUUAAUAGUUCUCACCCCAGUUCACUCACAAGCUCGCCACCCAUUCAUAUCCCUUCUAUCAACAAUGCUAAGUACUGUGACGAGCCAAAAGUCCCCCCAAAACAUGUAAAUGGUCAUAGCCACGAGAGCUCAUCACCCCCUGCAAAACCAUUAGUGCCUCCCCACAAGGAACCCCCUCAGAGACCCCCCACCAUGGUUCCAAGAAGACCUCCUCCUCCAAAGAAGACAGACCCAUCCAGUCCAACUGAGCUCAAACCUCCACCUGCUCUACCAGAAAUCCAGGAUAUUCCCAAGGCCGGACCACCCCAGCUCAGCAGGCCCCCUCCCCCUAAACCCAAAGGGUUUGUCCCGAUGCCUCCAAACAAGGAUAAGGAAGAGUGCAAAGUUAAUAAAGUCCCGAUUCCUCCCAAGCCCCAGUUGAAGAGCGAGAAGCCUGGUCCGCCCAAGGACAAGCUUCCACCUUUACUCAAGGAGCCCAGUAGGGAUGAGCUGUAUCUCGCUGUCGCAGACUUUGAAGGGGACGACCAAACAUCCAGCUUCAAAGUGGGUACAGUGUUUGAGGUGCUGGAGAAAAACACCAGCGGCUGGUGGUUCUGUAAAAAUGUCAAAGGUGAAGUCGAGGGCUGGAUCCCCUCGAAUUACCUGAGCAAGAAACCUUAGUGUGAACGUGCUCUCACAACCACAUGGCAACCACAUGAAUCAAUAAAUAAAAUAAGGAUAUCAAUGAACAAAUUAUCACUAUUUUGUAGUUAAUUAGCAUUUUUUAAUUUAUAGGUACCUUUUUUUUAUUGUAACAUUUGUUAUGUUUAUUUUUUGCAAGGAUGUUCUACCAAAACUGAACCAGCAAUAACACAUGCCCUUAUGGGUUUUGUGAUGUUUACUUCUUUUAGUUUUUAUCUAAGUAUUAGGUGAAAUAUUAUCUGCUUUCAUCGCCAUGUGCUAGUUGCAGCCUGUGCCAGUCCUGCCAUUAGAAAGGCUCGACGUUAUAACAGCGACAAUAGUAUCUACAUCCUCCUAUGAUACGGUGCCUCAAUAUUAUAUGCAAAGUGCUUCAGUGCUUUAUAAACUGUUUGUGACUGUAAACAUAGUCCUUGUUGGAAUCUUUUUACUAAACAUUAAAAAAAAAUCUAGAUAACAGGAGACUGAACUAGAUGUUCAAAUCCAGCAGUAGACAAAAAAACAAAUCCAAAGUCGCUUAGACAAUGACUGCACAUUAACUCAUUAGAGGAGGUCAGUGACCACAUCUGGGCUUUCAAGUGCUAUUAGCAAUUACUAAAAAUGUAUUUGCCAAGUAGAAGUGCUGUUUGUUAUAACAGAAACAUGCAUUUUAGUUUUUCUAAUGUUUUUCUUCUUAAAUGAAUGUUGCAGUGACCUGUAACAAAUGGGCACUUUGAUCAGUCAGAUGAGGUUUAUGGUUUGCACAUGCUCCAGGAAGGAUAAUAAAAAUGUCGCGGUGCAUUUUAUUUCUUAACUUUACUUGUCAUUGAAUUUGCCAUAUUUUUUCAUACUCAUUGUAGCAAAAAACGUCAACGUAAAGACGAAGCUUGAGCGACAAAACUGAGGUGGUGAAGGGAAAAGAAUCUUUAUCGAAAAAAAAGAAUGGAGAAGUGAGCACAUGAGCGUCUCUGCACCAGAUGUCUGAGCAGGCGUGAGAAAAUGGAAAUCUACAGUGACUUGUGCAAUGAUUUACAGUAUUUUAAGUGUAAUGUCGAAUAACAGCAAAGAAUGACCAUUGUAUAAAAAUAAUGUUUUACAUUAAUGCUUGACUGGUCUCAAGCAUGGUCAGAAUAGCAAAUUAUUUUUUAUUGUACAGUAAUAAGAUACUUUUCUUUGGUGCUCCAGCUCUUAGGUGUUUUGUUCUGUACUGAUGAGUUAUGAGAAAGGCAGGAAGAUCCAGGAGAGACGGUGGUUGGUGGAUUAAUGGGAUUUAUGAGAUGAAUGCAAAGUAGGUCUGUUGAGAAAUGGACAUGAAACCACUCACUGAUAAUUUCACACCAAAAAAAGUAAAAGCAAAAUUAGAAAAUAAAACACAAUUGUAUGUUCAUCGUUCUGGACGUAAUCAGACAAAGCUACAAGCUGCAACACUGAUUCUGUUCUGCUUCUAGUCGCUUUAAUGUUAAACCACAUUUUUUUUUAUAAAGAAAUGACAGUACCAAUAAAUUAAAAUACUAUUGUUCCGGCAUAAUAAGUGUGAAGAAGUUACAGUACAGUGCAAAGCAAAAGUGUGGUAUGAUGGUGUCAGUAUUGUAAUCUUAUUUACUUUUUUGCAAUGUAUUUUUCAUUACAUUGAGUCUCCUUUUACUCAAGUCAAUAAAUGUUUUUGAUUUUUCA